ACUUCCCUCCCAACAGCAGACGUCUCUCAUCAACCCUCCUUUGCACUGUUCUGUCCACGAUAUUCUCAGAACGGGCUGAUUUCUAAUGAGUUCAGUGGCUCAUAUCAAAACCCUCUAGCCGCUGUCUCUUCAACGCAGAAGCCUGAAGGGUUACAACGCGCAUAGGACCAACACGAACCGUCGAACUCUACCAAGAAUAUCGCGUGAAACACGGCUAGCAUAGUCCGAACGCCCCAUGUAACAAUGACACGAUACAGCUCACAUGUACAACCUUCAGCCACAGGUUUUGUUGUGGUCUUCCUGUUCAGCUUUUGCAAAUCCCCCAAGCAUAGCCUCAAAGAAGGUCAACUUAUUAAUUAGAGGGCCAUGACGAUCAAUGGCUUGACUCGCGGGCUUUGGGGAAGCGUGACCUUGGAAACUAUCGAGCGAUGAUAGAGUUUCGGUCCGUAAGCCCAGGUUUACUACACUGUUUCUGGUUCGACAACAUCUGUGCGAUGAGGCCGAGAACAAGAUCCGCAGGUGGGUUGGCUUACAUGGCAUGAGUCGUACACCGUGGAAGAGGAAAUUAUGAUGAUCGUGGGCUGCGGCUGAGGCUUAAUGUUAUCCUGCAGGCCAAGGGAGGCUUUGGGUUUGACGGGAGAGAAAGGGCUGGAUCGUAAGAGAUGCAAUGGUCGGCGCCAUCCGGGGGAAGAUUGUGGCCGCAGGAUCUACGAUUACAGCUCGGACCGAGUUGAGGAGGAAAGUCAAAGUUGAGAUUCCAGAUGUUGGCGUUUACGAGGUUGUGUCACUGUAGUUGAGUAUCUACAGUAGAGUAGUUAGAGUGCACAGCCUGUUCUCAUAUCAUGCAGUUGUGAAGGUUACGGGGUCUGAUCAUCAGUCACAACCCCAAGUUGCUUACCAACCUGGGAGAUAUCAUUCUCUGGCCAGGGAGGGGGUUGGCUCGGGUUAAUUGACAAUAGCGAUAAUUUAUCACUGCAAAUCACAGCUGAGAGAUUAUCAUCACCAACCACUGGCAACGAGCCAACUGUACUGUUCUGUAGUGCAACUUAGUUCAGCGCUUGGCUUGAUACGAUAACUUGACCAAGUCAGCAAGUCAG